CCUGGCGGACCAGUCAGUGUCUGCGAAGCUUGUCCUUAAACUCACAUGAAGCAGAUCUGACCUUAGGCUCCGUGUUAAGUUGUAACUUUAAAAUAAGAGGAUAUUAAAAGGACACUUUAAGGGCAAAAUGUCUCUUGCGGCGGACGCCUUCGUAUCACAAAUGGCGGCUGCUGAGCCUUGGCCCGAGACUGCAACCUUGUACCAGCCUCUCAAGGAGGACCAGAUUCUGCUAUCAGAGUGUGCCUCAUCGCUAGCUGUUCAGGCUUACUUGAGGAUGUGUGGUCUGCCCGUGCAGGUGGUUUGCAAAGCCAAUGCAGAAUACAUGUCGCCCUCUGGCAAGAUUCCCUUUAUCCAUGUGGGAAACCAGGUGGUGUCAGAACUGGGUCCAAUAGUGCAGUUUACUAAAGCCAAGGGUCAUUCUCUGAGCGACGGCUUGGAUGACAUUCAGAGGGCUGAAAUGAAAGCGUACAUGGAGUUGGUCAACAACAUGCUGCUGACUGCAGAGCUGUACGUCCAGUGGUGUGACGACGCCACUGCCGCUGAGAUCACUCGACCCAGAUACAGCAGCCCGUACUCGUGGCCUCUCAGCACCGUCCUCGCCUACCAGAAGCAAUGGGAGGUCCGCAGGAAGAUGAACGCCAUCGGCUGGGGAGGAAAAAGCCUGGAGCAGGUGUACGAGGACGUGAGUCAGUGCUGCCAGGCUCUCUCUCAGCGGCUUGGAACGCAGCCUUUCUUUUUCAAUAAACAGCCAACCGAGCUAGACGCCCUCGUGUUUGGCCACCUCUUCACCAUCCUGACCACCAGGCUGACCAGCACCGAGCUGGCCGAGCGGGUCAGGAGCUACAGCAACCUGCUCUCCUUCUGCAGGCGCAUCGAGCUCACCUACUUCGAAGACAAGACCUCCUGAAGGACUCGACCGGACUUGAUCUGUCUGGAUUGUACAUAACAUUAAAAGAUGAUAAACUGUUAAGUCAUUCACACCCAGCCCCUUUAUUUCCUUUCUGCUUGCACAUUGCUGCAUGCUUGCUGGAUGUGCAGAGGUUGCUUCUGGUGAAGAAUCAAGAAUCAGUACAAAAGUCCACAAGAGUCUGCAACAUACUGGACAUCAUCAUUACCUCUAAGCUGUAUGUAUUUAUUAUGAUGAUGAAUUGUGUUUUUCCAUUAUUUGCUCCAGAAGUCUUGGAAGCACAAGAGUACAAUGAUAAAGAGGAUUUAUGAGUUAUUUUUGUGUGUGAAUGAAGGUGCCUCCCAAAUUAAAGUUAUGACAUUAAACACACUGACUGUUCACUGUAUUGGAUGAGAUCUGCUUUUAUAAAGAUAAUAAUGCUGUUUAUGAUUGUAGCUGCAUUUUGAAUUUGUAUUGCAUCAUGCUGAGCACUGUUUCCAAUAUUUCUAUACGUUUAUCCAGCCUACUGGAUGGUCAAAACAUUAAAACAGCGUUUUAAACGUUUCCGGCCCACAGACAAGCUGAGAGUUAGCGUCUGAUCACCU